AUGUCUGUUUCACGACAUACUACUUCCGAACUCCCUUACUACUGCAAGGUGGAUUCUAUCACCGAUACCACCAUCACCUACCGCAUGCUCUUCUUUAAGCCCAAUGUCAAGCAAGAAUCGAAAAAGUAUCAGUCCCGUAUUCACGGAUGUUGUACGGCUGUUUGGAUACUUACUUUGAUCGUAUUCGUGCAAACCUACUGCCUAGCCCGGUAUUUCUUGGCAUCUAUGCGUGAAGGUUGGGAACUGAAAGGUCGUGGUUAUGAUCUCGCCCUUGGACCAGCACACACAUACACAUUCGAUUCGCCACUAGCGUACAGUGGUCUGAAUGUUCCCCUGCCAUCGAAGGAUUCUAACGAUGUCCACGUUUCCGGACACAUAGAGAAGGUUUAG